AUGGCAAGCAUUGCCAAGCAACCGAAUCCUUCGAUCUACAACUUGCAAGCUGUUCAGACAGUGCUCAGUGGAUCAGCACCAUUAAGCCCUGAUCUUGGCCGCAUCAUUGAAGGGAUAUACAUUCGAUCCGGCGUAUCGGUCAAGCAGGGUGGGGGAAUGACAGAGUCAACUUGCUCGGUUACAGGAUUUGCCCCAGAUGAUGAAGACGACGGAAGAUCUAUUGGAUGGCUGAAUCCAAACCGUGCGGCAAGGAUCGAACGUCUGGAUGAUCGCAAUUUCAGUGGCGCUGCCCCUGCGGGUGCUACUGUUGGGGAGAUAUGGGUCACUGGGCCGAACAUUAUGAAAUGGUAUUACAAGAACCCAAAGGCAACCAGAGAAGCUAUAGUCGUGGCUGGUGGAAUCCGAUGGCUGAGAACUGGUGACAUCGGGUACAUUGACGAGCGAGGGUGUAUUUAUAUUGUGGACCCCUUGAAGAACUUGAUAAAGGUGAAAGGUCUUCAGGUAGCUCCUGCUGAGCUCGAGCAGUAUCUUCUUACCAACUCAGAUGUUGCUGACGCAGCAGUCAUUGGAGCUAAAAUGAAUGGAGGAGAGUACCCACGGGCAUUUGUGGUUCGCAAGACAGCUGCCGUGACAAAGGAAUACCUUGCCCAGAUGAUCAAAUCUCACUUUGCGCCUCACAAAUGGCUUACUGGUGGUGUGUAUUUCCUUGAUUCAAUUGUGCGGACAAGAAGUGGAAAGGUAAUCCGCCGGGAAUCGCCUGUUAUCGAGACAAAUCUCCAGUCCAUUCGUGGUCGGCUGUGA